CGUAGCUAUACAUAGAAGUAUAGCAGCUAGACCUUCGUCUAUCAACAGCUCCACUUUCAGAGCAAUUCAAGUUUGUUGCUGCACUUUCCGUGUAGCGUGAAGAAGCAACUCUCCCUCGUCAACAUUCUUCUACUUACACGACCUAAAGCAGUUUAUUUGAUCUCGCUCGUUGGGAGAAGAAAAACUGGACCUGUACCAUGGCGUCCUCUAAAGAGAAAGAAGAAGUUGGAGUAGGACUUCAACCCAGUGAGGAGGAAGCCUCGAAAUUUUAUGCGUCGUGUUAUCCCACGUUGUCUGCUACUGCAGAACAAGAGCAGGACCUCUUACUACCCGGAGACAAAGAGGCAGGAAACGGCACGAAGACUAAGAAGCAGCAAGGCUUGUCGUGCAAGCCGAAAUGGAUGUACUACACUUACUAGUACUCCCUCUUACAACAUCAACACUUUUAUAGCAGAUCAACAUCAUCAAUAUCAUGUUGAUUUAUUUUAUAUAUACUACAUUCUACUACUACUGACUUUGGCAUUCUUGUUUCACAUUCGGAUUGAACUUGAUCUUGCAGUUGAAGAACUCGUAGAACGUGAAGAACAAGCUCCGUAGAAGCAAGAACAUCUUUCUUUGCUCCUUCCCGUCAACUGUCAAAAUUGUUCCUCUUUAUCUUCGGAGUCCGCGAUGAACUAGAAGUCCUCUCGUCGGAAAGUGCCCGCCUCACAGGUACACGACCGGCUUAAUUACUAUUUUUGCCCUUCUUGUGGCGUCGGCGGGAUAUGUGUUCUUCUUCUCCAUGGCGACCACGUUUGAUGUCAACACCUCCAGCAACGACGUUUAUUAUUGGAUGCUGCAGAUCUUCUCGCGGAGCGACAACAUUGUUUCUACUUCUAAUGGCCACAACGAUGCCCUUGGUGGACUCGGAGGUACUACUUACUAUUUAUGGGCUGUAGAAAACAGAUUUUCCUUAGUACCGUAGAGCACUACUUUCUAACCGUAGAUACAGAUUGAGAAGAUACGAGCACCUAUUCUACUUUUCUUUCAUAUUGUUGACUCAAAUUCAAAAUCUUCAUCAUCAUGUUGAUGAUGUUUAUAUCUAGAAUGGAUCAGAAUCACCAAGAACAUUGAUUUAAUACCUGCUUAGUAUUUAUUGAGUCCUCGUCUUUGUCAUUUGAUGGUCCCUCAGGAUGCACUGAAAUGGGAGUUUCUACUCCUUCUUUAUCAGGUUCUGUGAAAUUGACAAUGAACGGGACGGUGCAGGCGAUUCCAAGGAUUUCGACUCUUCUUCGUGGUUCGGCGCGGGGCGCGCCUUCCACAGGAUUAGGAUAUGGCGGCUCCUCUUCGGCAUUUGGCAAUCAACAGCUGCAAUAUCUUCCACUUAUAAAAUCGCCCACCAUGACAACUUCGCCCACCUCGAAUGCGACCUUCAUGGAACUGCAACCUGUUAACUCCGGUCCUGAAUCUGUGCAGAAAACGUGGGAUCUAAUGCAAGCAAAAAUGGAUGUCUGGCUGAAACGUAUGGUGCCCGCGCAGCAUCCACCCGCGGUUAAGGCUCUUAUACGAUAGUUUGAGUCUACGCACAUCUUUUUAUUUGAGCACAUCGCUCGAUCCGCGUGAUACGAUGAAUUAUAUCGAUAAUUUUUUAUCCUAUAUAUACGUAGAAUGAGGCGAAGGCGUUCACUCGCGAACCAGCUUCAGGAUAAUACUAGGUAUCUUGUAAUGAAAUUGCUCGGAAAAUACGGAAUCGGAAACGCUUGGUACUAUUUGAAAAUAUAUUUUUUGCACUUCGACACCUUUCUACUCAUUCGAUGACGCAUUUUUCGUUAGAGCUUACUAUGUCUGUGCAAGUGCCCAGAAUGACCAAAGUAGCACCCCUUUGCGUUAUUGCGAGUGGUGCUAGGGCUGACAGGCACAGCUUGAUACUCGGAAGACAUGCGUAUCCUUCGAGCAAGGUUUUCGAGAUUAGCUCAAUGAUAGAAGUACACUGUAGACAUUGCGCAGGGCAAAGAGGAAUAUUGCACAGCUCUAAUGUUGCGGCUAACUCUGGUCCUGAAUCUGUGCAGGAAGCGUGGAACUCAAUGAAAGAGGAAAUGGAUGCCUGCCUGAAAGGUAUGGCCUCCGCGCAGCAGUCACUCGUGGUUAAGGCUCUUUCUUAUACUAUAGUUUGAGUCAAAGCGCAUCUUUUUAUUUGAGCACGUCGCUCGAUCCGCGUGAUAGAUACGAUGAAUUUUAUCGAUAAAUAAUUUUAUUCUUAUAGAAUGAGGCGAAGGCCUUCACUUGCGAACCAACUUCAGUAUAGUCCUAGGAGUCUUGUGAUGAAAUUGUUCGGAAAAUACGGAAUCGGAAAUGCAUGGCACUAUUUGAAAACAUUUAGCGCGUCGACACCUAUCGGGUGGCGUGUUUCGUUAGAGCUUGCCAUUACUUAAUAUGUACUCAGAAUGACCAAAGUAGCGCCCCUUUGCGUUAUUGCAAGGGGUGCUAGGGCUGACAAGCACAGCUUGAUAUUGAUAAGACAUGCGUAUACAACUUCGAGCAAGGUUUUCGAGAUUAACUCAAUGAUAGAGGUACACUUUAGAGAUCGCGCAGGGCAAUAAAGAGGAAUAUUGCACAGCUCUAAUGUUGCGGCUAACUCUGUUCCUGAAUCUGUGCAGGCAACGUGGAAGCGAAUGAAAGAGAAAAUGGUUUUCUGGCUGACAGAUAUGGUUUCCGCGCAGCAUCCACUCGUGGUUAAGGCUCCUCUUAUGUUAUAGUUUGAGUCUAAGUACAUCUUUUCAUUUGAGCACAUCAACCCGCGUGAUACGUAUGACACUAAAAAAAGUACUAGUCCUAAUUAUUUAUAAAUUACAUAAAUAUCGCUUCGAUUGACUACGAGUUUAUGUAGAAGUCUAGUAAUUGACUAGAGGGGAUCAGUCACGCGGAAGGCUGGAGACGACGACGGAGCAACCACCUGCCAACGCACUUCCACAGCCAGCAACUUGGAGGAGGUCAUCUUCUAGAAUAGCCGGACUGUGCUCAAGAAGAGGCUGCUCGAGCUGGACCAUGAUACUUCGAACGAGACUUGCCCCACCUGGUGCCUGGCGUGCAUCACUUACUUGUCCCCGAGUUGCUGCAGAGGAGAAGCAGGGGGCCCACCCUGCUGCCUCGCUACCGCAAAAUUGGCACAGCCAUCGAUCGCAGUCUCCUCUCCUUUGAUCCCGCACUUCGUGGCCUGCCAGCUGCCGCAGACUGAUCCCCUAACUAACCUCAUAACUUGCCAUACCUCAUAAUACUCACCUACUUGUAGCAUCUACCAAAUUUACAAAUUUUUAGUACUAGUACCUUUUUUUUUGUCAUAAUUCGAUGAGUAAUCUCAUCGAUAAUUAUUUUUAUUCUUAUAGAAUGAGGCGGAGGCGUUCAAUUGCGAACCAACUUCAGUAUAGUACUAGGAGUCUUGUAAUGAAAUUGUUCGGAAAACACGGAAUCGGAAAUGCGUGGCACUAUUUGAAAGCAUUUAGCACUUCGACACAGCUCUCUAUCGGAUUGCGCGUUUUUCGUUAGAGCUUACCAUUACUAUGUACCCAGAAUGACCAAAGUAGCACCCCUUUGCGUUAUUGCAAGUGGUGCUAGGGCUGACAAGUAGCACAGCUUGAUAUUCGUAAGACAUGCGUAUACUUCGAGCAAGGUUUUCAAGAUUAACUCAAUGAUAGAAGUACACUUCAGAGAUCGCGCAGGGCAACGAGGAAUAUCGCACAGCUCUAAUGUUGCGGCUAUCUUUGGGACGGGCGUAAGCUUGGAGAAGGUGGUAGCGAAGUUCGACAGUCACGUAAACGAACACGUUUUUCUGGCCGUUUCCGGUUCGAUGACAAGUGCGGGUUUUCUGCAUGUUGAAGCGGGAACGCUAUCAGGGAAAACCGUCACAGGAACGUCGCAGCUGACGCUCAGCUUGGAGGCGGGCAGCAAGCUGGGACUAGGGGCUACUGGGAGUGUCAUCCCUGUGAAGCCAUCGGGAGCGCGAUACAGCAAUAACAAGCAGCCAAUCAGGGCGCCGCUUGUCGUGAAGAUCUCCGAUGUGAGUUUGACGAAAAUUGCUGGCGCGCCUUCUGGUCAGGAUCGCUACCCACCCUUCAUGUACGAUCAGCCAACUUGGGAAUCAUUCAUCUCGAGCUUGCUUUCCAUGAUCGCCGCAAAGCCAGACCACAACGCGACCGGCGGUUGCGUGCCUGCGUUUCAUGGUCUCAUUCUGUCGGCUAAGAACAUGGGUUUUGUCAUGGAGCGGGUACAUCCGAUGGAAUUCAUUCGAGACGUUGUCGACGACAAUACGUCACAGCUUGUGCCAGAAAGCGCAGCCAGACGUUUUUACCAGUUGGGGGCGGAACUGAACAUGCAGUACUUCCUCGACGGCUGGGACCGAUGUAUCGAUGCGUUUCAUGCGAAUGGCGUUUUUCACGGUGACAUCAAGCCAGGCAACAUGGCGUUGACGUGCGACGCAACGGCGACUGCCCAUGGCGCAACCAACGACUGCGGAGAAAUCAGCUCGGAGUCGCUUGGCGAUGUGCGCAGGCAUCGCGCAGUCCUCUUCGAUUUCGGAGCCGCGAAACUCUACGCGGAUAAGACCACCCAAGGCGGGAGCCAGUGGGUACUUGCGGCCGAAACUUACGCAGAUGUGCGGUGGACAACCACACCUCCCGGAAAUAAACCCGAGGCUAAGGCAAUCGAGGAGGUUCCCAGUGCUUCUACUGCUAAGGUGCAUGAGAUGUCGCAUCGUGGUCCGAUCUAUUCAACGGGGACUUCUUGGAUCACGCACCCCGCAAUCUCCGGACUCCCCGUGUGCCCGACCAAUCUCCAGGAGGAUGCGCCUCCACCUCUUCAAGAACAUGCGGGACCAGUGGAUACGAAAGCUACACACUUCGGCGCGUAUUUAGACAAGCAUUCGCUGGCUACAUCGAUGUUGAUUUUGUGGACUUUUGGUGACCCAAAAUUCUGGAACGCAGAAAAUAGAAAUGAGGUAGCGGUUGCAUUUGGGCGACAGGUUUUUAGUCACGCUCUGAAUUGCGAUGCGGCCAAUCCGGACAAACGCGACGCGAUCAUAAUUUCGUGCGCCUCAUAUCCGAGCCCGGACAGGACAAGCUUCCUUGACGUCAUCACCUAUGGUUUACCAAACGAGUCUACAGUCUUCAAAACCAUUUUAAUCUUUUUUGUCCGUCACCAUCUACCUCUCAAAUUAAGUAAUAGAAGAUAAUUAAUGAGUACCACGGGCGCCGCGCUGCGCGCGCCGCGGGGGGCUAUUUUUGCAGGGAGAGGAGAAGGCAAGGGCAGCCGAGGAACGAGCGAGGGAAGGGAAGAGAGGACGAGAGUGGAGAACGAGACAAGGGAAGAGGCGCAGGAAGUGCCGAAAGGAGCGGCGUGGGCGGGAGGCUGGCAAGACAGCGGAGAGCAAAGAGGCGCCGGCCGGAGUAGAACCCAAGGCAAAGAGGCAGCCAGCCAGCUGGACCCUGAACGCCACGAAACAGAGCCGAGCGGCCCGCCUGUUGGCGGCAAGGGCGCAGAGAGGUGCCCACGGCAAGGGGAACAAGGUGCCGCGCCGCGCUGUCGCUGCCACUUAGCGCAACUAAGUAGUUAGAGAGAUAGGGCUAGAAGAGGUAGCGGCGUGACGCAGUCGCUACGCCUACGGGGUAGAGAGGUGUACGCCGCUGAACUCUCUGCGGACCACUCUAAGAGACCGCCGCGACGAUGUGAAGCAUGUGCGUGAAUUCUUCGCGAAAAAUUUGACCGGGCUGGUCUUCGUUGUCUUUUUGCUUGAGAGGCCAAACCAGGCGCCGAAGGGCUUGCGGCUGCUUUUCGUUUGUUCUGGGUUUCGUCGUUGGUAGCAGCCUCGGGCUCGGGGCCGGUUCGUUUUGGACCGGUCGCACGCCGCUGGCAUCGGCGCCGCCUUGGGUGCAGCCGUGGCGCGCUUGUGUGAGCCUCUUGAAGCGCAGGGGGCUGGGGCUGAGGACAGGGAAAAUGCUGCUCAGCAGUGUCAUCCCAGGCGGCUUCUCGUCUCUUCUGGCUUUUUAGGAAGGAGCAUAACCGUCGCGAAAAGUUCGCGAAAUCUUUGAAGAGUGUGGUGUGAAACGUUCGCGGAACUCUUUCGAAAAGAUAAGCGCGUGAAGAUGUAAGCCUGACAUGGUCAAGACUUGGAAACUUUGUGCAAACAUUCCGCGAAGGUUCUGCGGCUUACUUUUGUCUUCCAUGUUUUUUCGAAGGUGGCGCGCAAAUGGACUGACAGGAACAAGCCCGCGACAAAUUGCAGCGGGGCCGCACAAGGUUCCGCGUCCUGUGUCUCUGCGUGCUCUUUGUGGUCUUGCUUUCUGCUUCUCUCUCCAAGCUUGUGCAGCCUUUUAGGAUGUGCGUGCGCAUUUGCUUGGGAAUUUGUCGGGUGGUAGGUUGCGUCGAAGGUUGGCUCGUUGGCUCGUGAUGCUCUCGGGGCAGUGCGUGGUCGAGCUGGUCGCGUGAUGGUUCUGUCAGCUCUGCUCUCAGAGGCUUAGCAGAAGCCGCGGGAACAAGUGGACAGGCGCAAACCGAAAGCGGCGCGCGUGAGCCCCGGCAACUUUUCGCCAAGAUAUUCCGCCGCUCGUAGUCUUAGGGCGCGGCGGUCUCCAACGUCGACCCUUAGCGCCUCGCCGCACCCUGACAAGAAGGAGCACACCCCGCAACGCUUCCGCGGUGUCUUGAGUGAUUUCUUUCAAGCAUUCAAAGACGUGCUGCUGUCUUUUGUAAGCCGCUACACCUACAGCCGACCGCCAGCGCGCUUGUGUUAUCUAGUGGCUGACAUAUGACUAUGAGUGGCCCACGCCCACAGGCACAGACUGCGAGCGGCUCGACGAUUAAGCACGGCGACCCACUAACUUGAGGUGGCUGGCUUGCUCUCGAUUCUUGACCUGAGCCCACUCAACCCCAACAAGGCCAAGACCGCUGACAAGUGGCCAAAGUGCGUAGCUUGCUGACCUGAGCCCACUCGAGAUAGAUGCUGGAUGUGUUUGGGGGUGGCUCUGGAUCUUGGCUUGGUGAGCCGGUGCCUUUGGUCUCGUCUGGGCCUGGAGUGGUUGUCUAGAGUCAGUGCGAGCACCCACCCCCCUCAGUGUCCUCCACCACGAACCUGGGACGAGGGGGGUGGGGCACUGAGGGCUGAAGCAUCUAGAGGAUUUAGUUUUUAAUCUAGUAGUUAGCUUUCCUCUUCGUCUUACUCUUUGCUUUUCUCUUGACCGAUACUACGAGUGAUGAGAGUGCUGAAUGCGUCACGUCUACACACCUCACGGCCUGCUACUACUCCUCUUCAAGAUACAAUAGUCAGGGGCUACGACUGCGAACUUCUUUGCACUCAUACUCACGAUCAUAAGGAUAAGCAUAACUAGUUACUUAGUAGUUGUAACUACUAAACUAUGACGAUUGGACUUGGUAGAGAGUGUCGCUGUAAUGUUACCGCUGGCUCUAACUCAUUGGCCCCGAGAGCAGGAACUCUUGCUACACGCCCAAUGGCUACCCGAAGGACGUUUUGGUCGAAAAUUUUCCAACACUGAUGAGCGGGCUGUCUGGAAAAGUGCUUGCAACCGCGACUCACGAGCGCAUCAUGGGUUCGCCAAAUAAGGAAGAAGAACAAGCGCAAUCGGAUGAGCAACGCCACCACGCCGCGGCCAAGCAGGGAGACGCGACGACUGCGAAAGGCAACGAGCCGUCGAGCGAUAGCGGCCGCUGAAGCUUGUGCUGCUAGGUCGUGUCUUUUUGUCUAGUUGUGGGGAAGGGGGCAGUAGGCUCUUUUUUGAUCUAGCGCAUGUCGGUGCUGCAUGCCAAAGGGUGAGCACCAAGUAAAGAACUGCUGGGAUGGAUAUGUUCCUCUGAAAAGAGAAGGGAUAGAAGAUGAGGUAACGAUAAACAAAGAGUGUGCAGCUUUUUCAUUGUAAAAAAUAAUGGUGACUCUGAUGAUGUAGUUGCCCAUAGGGGUGCAUCAAUUUACUUAAUUUGAAACUGCUUAGUGUUGUUUUUUGAAGCAGAAGGGAAGAGGUAUAUAGGAUUCGGGGCUGCACGGCCCCCCCCGCCCCCCCCUGUUGGUGGCCCUGUGGUGGCGCUUGCGCGCUCUUCCCCGCGCUGAUUUUCGCGGAUUCUAGUGGUGGAAGGCGUCGAAAUUGGGCGCGGGCGUCCCUUGCGCGUCUCUGCAUGUUCUUCAGGGACCUCCUGGCCUGUGCUGACCCUCGCAGGCUGGAGGUCUCUGGUGGAGAAGGCCGCCGAAGGCAGCCACGGUCUCAAGAGCGAGCACGCCGAUGACCAAGGACCCGGGGGGUGCAGUCCACACGGCUCAGGGGGUCCAGCCUUGCGCCUUUUGCCGCCUUCGGAGGCCUUCCACACCCGGCGCACUGCGGCGACGGCGAAGCGCGUCGGCCUCGGCACUUUGUAGGGCACACGCAGGCAGCUGGAAGGGACCGGGGGCGGCCCCUUGCGCCCCUUUGGAAGCCUUCCACCCCCGGCAGACGCCUUCAAAAGGGGCCCGGGGCUACCGGUCCCCCCCCUGCGCUCGGGGGGGUGCCGUAGCCCUGAGCCUUGGGACAUAUGUAAUAUCUAACUAGUUAGUCUGAGUCUGUACUACUAUUACUAAUUAGUUAUGUAUUAAUUCGUGUUCCCCUUCCCACCUAGAAUCGCUUAAAAGAUUUGCUGGAAGGUAUGAAAAAAGUAAUUGAAUUUCGGAUAUGUUCUUGAAUGUGAAAUAUUGAGAAUGAGAAAGACGGCCACAGCCAUAAAUUCAAAGAUCACGGCUACACGCAUGAAGGUAAUACCUACAGAAUAUUAUCACGAUCACCACUGGCAUUGACACCUCCAAGAAUACACUUUCUUUCCACGUACUUAGUAUACUCUGCCUAUUAUCGCCAUUUAUGAUCAAAAAUCGAGUAAUGUUAUAUAUCAAUCUGUCAUGUGUUGUUCGUUGUUGUGCAAUUAUGUUCAUAAAAAUUAUACAUAGAAGAAAGUCGUGAAAGAGUAAUGCUAAUCAUGUAUCUAUAUAUUUAUAAUUAUAUUUAGUUAUUGGUAUUGCAUGACCAUGAAGACUCACCAAGGUUGUGGCAAUGAUAUUGCUUCGCCAAUAAAAAGAGAGACCACAGAGACAGAGAUAAAGACGUAGAUGGCGAAUCAUUCAUGCGUCCAGGCAUACUAUGGCUACGUGUGCGUAUCUGAGCUUAUGGAUAUCUCCUGCGCAGCAUCCGUAUUGAAGCAUGAUAAUGAUAUUGUAGGUAAAUCAUUGGGACGAUGCGAAGGAUGAUUGUCCUGCUGCACAUCCAAAGACAACAGUGCAGAGGCAGCAGCUCUAACGGAUACUAUCACUCUUUUGACAUUCGUCCGCUUCGAUCUAAUCACUUCAAAAAUAUCUUCAUGCUGUCAUUGGGUCAUUGCGAUGAGGCGGGACGAAGACCAUAACUAAUCAUUCAAUCAUACAGGGGAGCAGGAUAAUAGUCAUCAAGGGGUGGGUAUGACUGAUCGUCGUGAAUGAUAGUCGUGAAUGAUCGUCAUGCUGAGUAUAAGUUAAGAUAAUUAUGUGAUGUCUGACAAACAGAAACAUUGUUUGCUGUAGUAAAAUAAGUUAAAAAGGGGGAGGACAGUGCUGUUGAAGUCGAUGCAAGAAUGUUGCCCCCACUGCUCCUGGAAGUGGUCCCUCAGAAUAGACUUGUAGAUGAACGCGGUGGAUCUCCAGUGAAGUAGAUGAUUCAUCACGUGCCGGUGAAGGUGAUGAUUCUCCAGUCAAGGAUCCGCAACCUAGCCAGUAGUGGCCCUUGCAAUCGUCGCGACUGUUGAAAAAUAGAUGUAGAGAGGAGUCUCUACGCAACAUAGCUCGGCUAUUCUAAGUAGUUGUAGGUACUCAGAGCUCUAGAAUGUUCUUGUGAGGAGAUGCGCAACUUCUAGAAGCAAGAUGUUGUAUGUUGAAGUACAAGUGGAUGCAUUUAAAGUUCUAGAAGAUGUAUUGAAAAAAAAUACUAGAUGGCCAUCUAGAUGUUGUAGUUGUAUGAAAUACGAGUAGUUGUACUGAAAUAUAUUAUACAACUGGUAGAGUAGUUGUAGAUGAUGUCUUGCUCUUGUCAACAUGAUAGGCAAGCCUCGUCUAUUGAAAAUACUUGAUCCCCCGAUGUUUCUUGUUCUGAUGAAGCUUUUUCGAAGAAAAGGCGAUAAUUUCCUUGGGCCACGGAGUCGAUUUCCAUUUCUUGAGUUUAUCACUUCUUCUCGUUGUAGGUUUUCGUUUUUAUCGUCAUCAUCAUGAGACGAUCUCUUCAGCUGGUCCAAAAUAAACGGAAAAAUCAGCCACGUCGUGACUGAUUUUCUUUGAGGAUUGGAAGGAUGUGGAGCGCGAAGUUGAUUAUGUUACUAAGAUGAUAAACUAUGCAUGAUCACGGUGAACGAAUCUUCAAGAUGAACACACCAUGACGACCAAACGCAUCACGACGAUGGAGACAUCAGCAGGAUGAAGACAUGAUAGAAUAUAAAAUGCGAAGUCUUGUUAAAUGCUUAUAAAGUCAUAAACAUAGUUGCCCCCAUGAGCAGAAUCUUGCUAAUCAUAAUAGAAACUGUAGCUCGUAGCGCACUACUUCCAUUUGUUUCUGGAAUUUAUUAUUGUAUAUUUUUUCUCAAGCAAGAUGCUCAUGCUCAUGCACCGGCGUAGAAAUGCUGCAUCAAGCAACGACAUAACUACGGUAGGUAAUCUGGCCUCGUCCUCGUACCUUUUUUUAUCUUCUUAGUAACUAAAGCACUUACCCUUAAGCCCCACGAGGUACAUUGCUUACACUACUAGCAGUUCGCAGAAGAUAAAGAAAGCAUGGCGACAGUGAAAACGUAAUCUAUCAAGAUCUAUUGUUAGCUUAUGUCUCUACAACUUCUAGAGGAGGAGGGGGUGGAGGUGAGAGGGGCCAAACAAAUGUCGUGAGAAAUAGUAUGUUGAUAGUUGCAAUGUGACGUUGUCAAUAUUGAUCUUUGUGCAUAGAUGAAAAACAAAAAACUUGGGAUACUAAAUCGGGGAAAAAAACAAGAGCAGCCACCAGCUACCUAGUACAACUAAUGCGGUAGAGUAACAGUAAGAGUUGUACUUGUAUAGAGGUAUAGUCUUUAGUUGUUUUGACAACAAAAGUAGACGUUAUUUCUUCUACUCGGAGGUGUAGGGAGAGUAUUAGAAUCUUCGUCACACGACGAGAGAAGGGCGGCGAAGUGACAGCAUAAUAGUGAAUCGGAAUCCAAUCAUAGGAGUGAGAUUGUUCUUGGUUGCCAUGAUCAGACCUAUUCUGGUCCAUCGGGGGUGGUCGUCAUUGUGAUCAUUAUUGUGGUCCAGAAUUGUGAUUAUUCUCGAUGAUCAUGCUAGUUUUUGCUGUGGCUGGUGGUGAUGAAGGAGAAGGAGCGACCUCAAUCGGAGCGCUAGGCGAGCUAGUGGCGUGAAGUUGAUAACUCAAAUUCCAAUGAUUAUACCAUAGGAAUGGAUCAUAUCAAUAUCUGUACUUGUUGUUGUUCUGAAGUCAGAUGGGUCCUCUACCGUCCCCUGCGAAGUUCCGCAGUAGACGACUUUACCUGUUGGAAAUACCUACUCAGAACACUCCAAGAGCAGAGCAGCGAGUGUCUUCCGCAAGAUAUUCUCCAUUAUCGCACAUCGUUGUCAGUCUAUAUCCUAUGCUCCUUGUAGUGAAUCAUUUUCACGCGAACUAUCAAUAUCUCCUACACGGUC